CCGAGAGGUGGGCGUAGUCAACCAAGACGCACGAGAGCGACGGCCAAGAAUCCCCAAUCCCACACAUAAUUCGCCGGCGCAGACCAAACUACCGCCGUGCCGAACGCUCCGCGCGACCACACCGUCCCGUCCCACGCACCCGUGAUUCUGCGCAGCCCGGCCUCCUGCGCCGAUGCCCACGCCCGCGGCUGCGCCGUGGCCCGUGUCGCAGGACCUCGCCGCGCUCGCGGACCGCGCCCGCUCCCUCUCCCUCGCCCGCGCCGGCGCCGAGCUGGGGGCCCUCGCGGCCGCGCUCCUCCGGAUCCAGCCCGUGGCCCGCGAGCUCGAGCGGCGGGGGUUGCAGCCCGGUGGCGCGGAGGGCUCCGACCUGCACGCCUGGCUCGUCCAGCUCAGGGACGCCGUGGCCGACGCCGAGGACCUCCUCGACGAACUCCACCGCCGUUGCCUGGUCAGCCCUGCGCUCUCCGCCUGCGUCGGUGCCGCCUUUCGUAACCCCGCCCGGAAGCUGCGGCGGUUGGUCGAGAGGCUCGACCGCGUCCACGACGAUUCAGAGCGGCUGCUGCCUGUCCGUGUGGCCGCAGGAUGCGGCGUGCGGUCGCCGAACCGCGUGACCGGCUCCGUGCUCGUGGAGCGGAAGCUGUUCGGGCGUGAGAAGGAGUGCGAUGAGAUAGCCGGCAGGUUACUUGGUGAUUGCGGGGGAAAAUGUUCUUCAUCUGCUAAGGUUGUUGCCGUGGUUGGCCAUGGAGGCAUGGGGAAGACCACGGUUGCUCAGUAUGUGUAUAAUGACGCGAGGAUUGAAGGGUAUUUCGAUCUUAGGGCAUGGGUCUGCGUCUGGGAUAGGUCGGAUGAGGCCGAGCUCACCAGGGAGAUAUUGCAGUCCAUUGGUGGUUCAGAUGAUACAUUGUAUGACGAUGGCCUGGCCAGUUUGGAAAGGUUGCAGGAAAGGCUUGAAGAAUUGGUUGCAACGAAGAGGUUCCUCCUGGUUCUUGAUGAUAUUUGGGUUGAUGAGGAGAAGACUGAGCACGAGAAUAGGGGCAUGUGGAACAAAGUGUUGGGGCCUCUUAAAUCUGCCGCGUGUGGGAGCAAGAUCCUGGUCACCACUCGGAUGAGGCUAGUAGCCGAGGUUCUGAACGCGACACAUGUGGUUCCCCUUGAUGGGUUAGGAAUUAGUGAUUGUUGGCUGUUGUUAAUGAAGGCCGCUUUAGGUGGAGCAACAAUGGAUACCCCUCCUGAUUUGCAAGGGAUUGGGAGAGCCAUUGCUGCAAAGCUGAAGGGUUCACCUUUAGCUGCCAAAGCUAUUGGGCAAAUGCUAAGGAAUACCAGGAGCCCACAGAAAUGGAGAACAAUGCUGGACACAGAAAUUUGUGAUAGUAUUAUUAUCCCCUCUCUCCAACUUAGUUACCAACACCUACCUGGGCACCUCCAGCGGUGCUUUGCGUACUGCAGCAUAUUUUCGACGACAUGGAGGUUUGAUCGCUACAAAUUGGUCAAUAUUUGGAUAGCUCUAGGUUUCAUACAACGACCAACAACAGAAGAGAAAAGGGUGGAGGAUUUAGGACAAGAAUACUUUGAUGAUCUCCUAUCACGGUCCUUCUUUCAGACUGCCAACAAAGGCCAGCAAACAUAUUACUUCCUAGAUGACCUAAUGUAUGAUUUAGCGCGACAUUUCUCUGCUCAUGAUUGCAUGAAAAUUGAUGAGGGGGUUCCUGUUGUGAUUCCACACACAGUUCGUCACUUGUCUGUCUCAACUGAUUAUUUACCACAGCUCAAGAGGAAGUAUAGGUUGGGAAGGCUGCGAACAUUGUUGGUUCUCAGAAGCUCGUCAUUAUCGUCGAGUCAUUUCCCUAGUAAACUUCUGGCCGAAUUUAAGAACUUGCGUGUCCUGGAUCUUACUGAGUCCGAUAUUGCAGAAUUACCAGAAACCAUUAGUCAGCUGGUUCAUCUCCAUUACCUAGCUUUGUGCUGUAUAACUAACAAACUGCCCAAGUAUAUAUACAAGCUUCGAUAUCUUGAGGUGCAGGAUAUGCAUGUAUUGUUAUUCCAUGAUAAUCAUCCUAGAGGUAUUGGUAAAAUUUGUUACCCUUAAACAUCUUGAAACAUGCUAUGGACAUAAUGCUCAAUGAGGACCACGGUUGGUGUCUAAGGCUAUGCAUAAGAGUUUAAUUCCAUUCUUCUUGGAGGCAGUGUUAUGGGCAAAGGAUUAACCUGUGAGGCUGAUUGGUUAAUUACUGUUCCAGCUUCCUGAUGUGCUUUCAGAAUUGAACUUUAUGAACAACCCAAGGAGCAGAAAUGGAAUGCAAUCUUUUUUCUCUGAUGAAAUUGGCAAUUCAACCUCUUCAAGCUCUAGAGUUCAUUUGGUCUCAAUCUGUUUCUGUGAUUUGAUAUCGGCAAUAACUCUAUUUUGGUGGAUCAAGAGUCAGGUUGUUCCCAUCCUUCGGAACUUUGAACUGUUUACUGUUGGCUCGCUGAUCUUCUCCUGGUUGACACUUGGCUAUCUUUGAAGCCCUCUAUUGCAGGACUAGCUACCAGUUUUUAUUAAUUUUUGGUACCCUUACAAGCUAUGUAUAGUCCCCUUUCUUCUUUUUCUUGUCCUUUUCAACUUCUCAUUUUGUAAGCUGUUGCAUUUUUGUUUUUCACUGGUCUUGUUCACUGUUGUUUAUUUGAUUUCAAGAAAAGGAGUAAAGCGAUAUGAUAUCUUGGGACUA